AUGACUUCGAUUACUGGUAUUGAAACUAUAAUCUCUGAAAAUCAACCAGAUGAAAAUUACAUUACUACUAAUAAUAUCGGUAAACAAAGCCAAUAUCAACCUAAGUGUAGACAUGACACUGAAGAUGAAGAAUAUGUGCCUAGUAGCUUAUCAGAUAGUGAUUCAUCGUCUGCAAGUGACACAGAUGAGGUGGAAUUUGGUAAUGAUGUCAACUUGGAUCAAAAUGAUUUACCUGACGACUUAGUAAACAAAACAGGUGAAAAUGGUGAAGAGGAUGAUGAAUGGGUAGACAUUGAAGAUACAAAACCAGAUUUUGAAGAAUUCGUGGACCAAUGUAAAAUUAACAUUCCUGAAAAUAUAACAUCCCCGAAACAGUUUUAUAGGCUCUUUAUCACAGACUAUUUAUGCCGAAAAAUUCAAGAAAAGAAGAAAGAUCUUCGAAGGCAUUAG